AUGGAAGACCUCCACGCCGAGGUCUGGCUGCCGCAGCGGCGACUGGAGGACGAGGGCCCGCCGCCCGAACCGGGCACCAUGUCGUGGCUCGACCACCACCUGGUGCGGUACGGGGCCAUGCUGGUUGCCGCCGCCGGCCCGCUGCUGCAUCUGCCGCCGCUCACUACCGUCACUGCCAUGGCUCUGCUCCAUCGUCUGUACUCGGUCUCGGCAUACACCGACAUCGAGGUCUGGUUCGCCGCCCCGGCCGCCCUCCUUGCCGCCUCCAAGAUGCAGCCCGAGUCGCCGCCCGCCGACCUGCCCGACGUCGUCCAGGUCAUGCACCAUCUGCUCCAGGCGUGCGUGACCGGCGACAAGGAGUCACCGCACUCGCUUGAUCUCUUCUGCCAAAAGUUCCGCAAGCUCGGCUCGCGCGUCGCCCACGCCGAGCGCGAGCUGCUCCGCGCCUCGGGCUUUGUCCCAGUCGUCGUCCUCCCGCACAAGUUCAUCCUCAACAUGCUCAACAUGCUCGAUCUCAUGCCCGGCAAGGUCGAAGCUGAGCCUGGUCCGAGCUCUGUCCCGCCGUUGCCCGACCGCGUCGCUGCUAACGACGCCGCCGCUGCCGCCCUUCGCUCAGACCUUGCAUCCAACGCCAUCCGCGUCGCCAACGACGCGCAUUUGACCCGGGUCUGCCUCUGCCUCGCCCCGCACGAGAUCGCCGCAGGCGCCGUCGCCUACGCCUGCGUCGAGGCCUCCAUUGCGCUCCCGCUCGAGUGGUCACUGCUCUUUGACGUCAAGCCAAAGGUCGUCGACGCGUUUGGCUCGUGGAUGGAUCGCCUGUACAUGCUGCCGCCGCCAGUCUACGAGAACGUCGCAGACUCUAAGGAGAUCGAAUUCCGCACUCUUCAUGCCUUUUAUCACGAGUCGUAGGCCACCAUGCGCUGUGUUGAGCUGAUUGAUCAGCUCGCCGCCGCUUUCUCGGUCUGCCGCUUGCUCUCCGCCCUCGCAAGCACCGUAUCGGGGUGGGUUGCGCCAAGCACCCGCGCAAAGAUUGCAUGCGCGCCCUCAAAGUAGCUCACCGCCUCUUCGGCAUGGCUGAGCGCCUUGGCCACAAACCCGG